AUGGCGCAAAAGCGCAAGUCGGUGGCAGCAGGCAAGAAAAGGGCCUCGACGGGCGGCAAGACAGCUCCAGGAUCUGCCACACGCCGUACCAGCGGCGCGGGCAAGACAACAGCGGGACGCGGUCGUUCGCGCAUACAACCAGGUGAUCCUACCCCCAGUCGCGCAAAGAAACCUCAUCGCUUCAAGCCUGGCACGAUUGCCCUUCGCGAAAUCCGUCGAUACCAGCAAUCAACAGAUCUUUUGCUGCUCAAGCUGCCUUUUGCGCGUCUCGUCCGUGAGGUCGCGAAUGAUAUCCUGCCUAGAGGGUCCGAGGAGUUCAGGUGGCAGAGCCAGGCCAUUAUGGCGCUACAAGAAGCGACCGAGGCUUUUCUGGUGCAUCUGUUUGAGGACACGAAUCUGUGCGCCAUACACGCCAAGCGCGUGACUAUCAUGCAGAAGGACAUUCAACUAGCCAGGAGAUUGAGGGGUGCUUGGGGCGGCUUGGGGUGA